UGAUGCGGAGGAAGCUCUUGACAACAACGUUGUACUUACAGAUUUUAUUACUUCAACUCCCCCGUUUCCUUCAGCUGAAUUGAAUCUCCGUUUGUCUAGAACUGGAGAUGUUGCUGUGGGUCGUUCUUGUUCUGGAUUUGGGGGUCUCUGCCUUGACGCUGCCAAAAAUCACAGAUGAGAAUUUCAUCGGCGAGUGUGUGGAGGAGCAUAACAAAGCCCGCGCAGAUGUCAGCCCACCUGCAAACAACAUGCUGUACAUGUCGUGGGAUGAGGCGUUGGCUAUUACCGCCAGAGCGUGGGCAAAACGUUGUCAGUUUAAACACAACAUCCACCUCAGGGAGGCUGGCCGCAUGCACCCCACAUUUACCUCCGUGGGAGAGAACAUCUGGAUGGGUUCCCCGCCGAAUACGUUCAGCGUAAAGAAGGCCAUUCAAAAGUGGGUGGGUGAAGUCAACGAUUACAACUACACGACAAACAAAUGCAAAGCUGUCUGUGGCCACUACACACAGGUUGUGUGGGCACAAAGCUACAAGGUUGGCUGUGCUGUUGUGAACUGUCCACGCGGUAUCAAAGACUUUCCUCCAUUUGCUGCUGCUAUUUUUGUAUGCAACUACGCACCAGGUGGAAAUUUUAUCGGAUGGCAGCCUUAUGCAACUUCUGGAGAUCCAUGCUCUGGAUGCAAAGGCAAAUGUGACAACAAAAUGUGUCGUAGUCCAGAACGAGAUUCCAGAACAAGUUACAACUGGGCUCCGGACUGGGACAGUGCGUCACUUACAUCACUUACAAGCACUUCUGCACCUACAAACAACAUUUUCCUGGAUAUCCUGAUCGUUCGGCCCAUCGCCCUCGUCUUGACGUGCAUUGCUGCAUACGCAGUCCAUUAUUUUUACCCCAAUCUCUUCUGCUAUGAAUAGAGUUUUUGGUCUGAAGGGAGAUCCGGAUGGAUGGCGUCCCACAAUGACCUCCAAAUGUACAUCUCUAUUAUCUUAACCACAAAAUGCUACCAUAAUCUUAUAUCUUAUAUAUUUUUCUGUGGAUGAGCCAUGUAUGGACAAAAAUCUACCAUAAAAUAGCACUUCCAAGUCUUUAUUGAACUAAAUGUGAGCUGUUAGCCUUUGUCUUUAGUUUUUUUUCUUUUCACCAGUGCUGCUUCUUUCAGAUGCUACAAUCAGUUUGGGUCUGAACAUUAAA